AUGGGGAAACCAACAAAUAUGUGCACUAGGUACUUUGGGUUUGCAGCAAUAUUUAUUUUCAGUGUACUAAGAUAUUCGUUGUGUGAGCUAACUGUUUUUUUAAUUGGGGAUUGGGGUGAAAAGACAGAAUGCCUUGUAAAUGUAACAGAUAGAAUGAGCACUUUGGAGGCUGUGAUGAAUCCUAAGUUUAUUAUUUCAGCGGGGGAUAACUUCUAUCAGAGGGGAGUGAAAUCUGUGGAUGAUCCCAAAUGGAGAGAAAUAUUGGAGGAACCAUUUGCAAAAUUGAGCGAAAAUUUAAAAGUUCAUUCUUGUUUGGGAGAUCAUGAUUGGAGAGGAAACACUACGGCUCAAAUUGAUAGGACGAAUUUUACAAAUAAUACUCGUUGGUAUCUUCCAGGAUAUUGGUGGUACGAAAAAGUGGUUUUUACAUCAAAAGUAAGUUUGCAGUCUCUUUUUAAAAAGUCAGGUUUGGGCGAAAUUUCAACCAAUAAUAGUUUUCACUUCAAUUCUUCAAGGGUUGGUAACUUCACAAACUGUGAAAUUGACUGUUUGGAUGAUAUCGUUGAUAAUCUGAAUACAAUGGUAAAUAGAAACAGUUCUUGGAAUGGAGACCUUAGUUACAAAGCUUUGAUUUCUGAAUAUAAUUCCGAAAACCAAGCCAAUUCCACUGCAAUCUUUAUUUAUAUUGACAGCUGGACUCUUACACAAGAUCCUUUCAAAAAGACUUCCAUUUCUCAUAGAUAUUCACAACUAGCAUUCAUUGAACAAACAUUAAAGGCUGCUGUUCUUGAAAAGGUUGACUGGAUUAUCCUAGUUACUCAUUAUUCAAUUUAUUCAAGUGGCCUUCACGGACCUCAUUCAAGACUUGCGAGCAUACUUCUUCCACUUAUUAAGAAAUAUAAAGUAGAUUUUAUUGUUUCUGCACAUGAUCACCAUUCUGAACUUCUUGUACCUGAAGAUUUUAACUCCUAUUUUCAGAUUGUUGGAGCUUCCAGUAAACCCAGAUUAGGUUUUGGGUCAACUGACGAAAAUUCCAUUUUUAAAUCCAACUCUUGUUCUUUUAGUUCAUUUACAUUUUCUAAAGAUAUUGCUGUAUCCAGAGUUUUUUCCACUAAUUCCUCAUUGUACAGUUAUUUCAAAAGAUCCAAUAAAUUUGAGAGGUCUAAACUUAAAAUUGAAAAUACUCAAUAUCCAAAUUUUGUUUCCUCGCUCAGAUUAAAGCCACUAAUUAAUGUUUAUGGCUGGACUUUGUCCUUAGCAUUAUUUUCAUAG